GCUGUCUCUGCUGAAACACGACGGACAUUUUACAACGCUUAACAGAAACGGAGAAUAUCGUUAGAAGAAAGACGCGAGAUGAGAUAAACCACACGACAUUCAACGUACAAAGGAAACGAAGAGGAAGUACAGAUGUUUAAAUGGACUGUGUUGCAGCUAAUGUUUGUAUAUUAGUGUAAUUUGUGUCGACUCAACGGCUCAAAGAUGUCGGACGAAGGCGCGAGGGAGGACGCCUGUCGCGAGUAUGAGUCCUCGCUGGAAGAUCUGACUUUCAACAGCAAACCGCACAUCAACAUGCUCACCAUUCUAGCUGAAGAGAACAUCCAAUUCACCAAGGAUAUCGUCGCAAUAAUCGAAGCACAAAUUGCCAAGGCACCUCCUGCUGAGAAGCUCCCAGUUUUAUACUUAGUGGAUUCCAUAGUGAAGAAUGUUGGAGGACAAUACCUUGAAGUGUUUGCUAAGAACCUAGUCAAUUCCUUUAUUUGUGUUUUUGAGAAGGUGGAUGAGGGCACUAGAAAAAGUCUCUUCAAAUUGCGUUCCACAUGGGAUGAAAUUUUCCCCUUGAAGAAGCUGUAUGCAGUAGAUGUGCGUGUGAACUCUAUAGAUCCUGCUUGGCCUAUUAAACCUUUGCCACCAAAUGUGAAUGCCAGCAUUCAUGUCAACCCCAAAUUUUUAAAGCCAACUGAAGAAGUAACAUCUUCAAAGCCCUCUACACUACAACCUCCAACUCAUCCCACUGUCAGUGAGAAGAGCUUGACACAAGAGCAAAUAAUUAGGCAACAGUUGCUUGCAAAGCAAAAGCAAUUGCUAGAGCUUCAGCAAAAGAAGAUUGAGCUUGAACUUGAGCAAACAAAAGCCCAAUUGGCUGCCAGUCCGGUUAUGACAACAAACCAGCAUAUCAAUGUUCCAGUGUCAUCAAUGGUCACGCAGACUGUUCCUGCAACACAAACCAAACCUUGGCCUCAAACACCUUCAGAAAAAGUUUCAACGAGGGAUCCUAGAAUAAACAGAUUUGGUACAACAGCUGUAAAUACAAAGGAACAAGUGAUACACAAGAAGGAGAGCCAGGUCACACCAAGUUUUCUGAAUACAUCUGAAAAAAGAGGGCAAGCAUCAGCAGAAAGGCAGAGUAAGUUGGACAAGAUAAGGAUUCCAAAAAAAGAUAACUCUGCCAUUGAUGAAAGGGAUAAAUCCAAGUCUGUGUCGCCAUCUGGCAAAGGUAUCGUUGUCAGACCCAGAGGGAUGGAGUCUGAACAUACAAGAACAGCUGAAGUUAAUAAGAAGGACCCAAGGUUAUCUAAGCAGACACAUGACAAGACCGAUUUGAAAGAGGAAGAUGUCAGAGAGAAGAAGAGAAGUUCUGAGAAAAAAGAUAGGGAUGACCCUGACAAAAGCAUGGAUCACCAGAAACCCAGCAUUACCAAAGGAAAGCUUAUAAAUGGCUCUUUAAAUAAGCAUGAAAGACUUGGGAGAUUUCUUAAACAAGAAAUUAAAGUCAAUAGAGCAAAUUUUAGAAAAAGGUCUCGCUCAAAAUCCCGUUCCCCACCGGUACAUUCUCCCAAGAGAAAAGAGAGGCGAUCAUCUCCAAAAAGAAAAACGAGGAGUGUUACUCCACCUCCCAAAUGUGGAAAGGCUAAGUUAAGCAAAUAUCCACAUAAUGAAGAUACUCUUCCACAGAAAAAUGUAAGAGAUGAUCGGAGUACUACUAAGAAAAGUGCUCCAGAACCAAGGCGAUUAAAAAGACCACUCGAGGAUAGACCUGCAGAUCAGAAGGGUGGACCGCAACAGAGAAUAUCUCCUGCCGAGUACAAAGACACAAAGGAUGGCAAGAGGUGGAGGAGUGGAUGGGAGGAAAAUAAACAUCCCAAACAGUCGGAGCGAGAUCUCUCACGUGGGAGACUGGGUACCCCGGGACACAAGACAUGGAACACUACUCAGAGACCCACCACACCCCGUACACCUAAGCAACAUCGGCUGAGCAUUGAUGCCAACUUACAAAUACCAGAAGCACUCAAUUCUGCAAAUAAAAUGGAUCUUUUAAGAAAGGCAAGCAAAAGGCAUGCUAAUGGCGAAAUAUCCAAUGAAGAAUUCCUCAGUGUAGCCCAUCAAAUAAAUCAACUUUUUCAGUAUCAGGAGGAGAGACAACGCUCUGACUCUUGGGAUGAAUCAUGUGAUGAAGGAAUGUACUCAUCAAAAAAGAAAUCACAAGAAAUAAUAAGUGAUGCUGAGCUUUCUUAUCUUGAACAUAAAUCCAAGUUGAGAAGAACACAGCUCCAGCGUUCAGUGCACAAAGCGGGCCAGUUGCCUUUGCAUGAUGACUUGACUUAUCAACAUCCUCAUGAAAAGAGUGAACAAUUCAGUGAGACCUCAGAUGUGCAUAAAAAGCCUAGAGAGGUCAUAAAACCAGUCUCGGUCCAUGAUGAUCCAAGAAAAACCAAUAGAGCCCCCUCGUGUAGAGGUUCCACUUUCAGAAAUUCACCAAGCCCCGUCAGCUUGGAUGAGUCAGCUGGAAAAGGACUGUCAUUUGAGCGGGCAUCAUCGCCUGCUGAAUUUGAAAUGGACCAACAUUCCGAAGGAGACAUCAGUCCACGUUUUGAAAGUCCCAACAGUGUGCACUCUGGCACUGGCCUAGAUGAUGGUCCAAUAAGUUUAGAGAGUCUUCCGAGGCAUGAACCUUUCUUGGAACAGGGAAGAAGUGAACGAAACCUUGGUGAAUCCCCUGGGCAUACACCAACUCACUCUUCUGAAGGACUCAAUGUGCAGGCAAACAUACCAAGGCAUGAUGGACCGAAUAUUCCUCAGCGAUUUGAUGGAUAUAAGAGUUCUCAAGCUCCCUACGAUGGGGCACCUAGUCAUAUGAGGGAACCAAGAUUAGACGGUCCACCAAGAUUAGACGGUCCACCAAGAUUAGACGGUCCACCAAGACCUUAUCCUCCUCGAUUUGAAGGCAAUACAGGUGGAUAUGAUGGGUCUGGUGGUCACGGACCCAUAAGGUUCCCUGGACAUCGAUAUGAUACCCCUCAUGUACCCCGCUUUGAAAGACCAUUUCUCAACACCCAUGAAAGACCUGUGAGGUUUAAUAACCCACCAGUACCACCUAGGCCUAUGAGAUAUGUUGAGUCUCAUAAUAUAGUAAGAUUUGAGCCUCAAGCCCCAAUUCAUUAUGAUCAACCCAUGCAUCAAAACAGAUAUGUUUGUCCACCAAGGUUUGAUACUCCUCACAUGCCACAGGGUCCACCGGGAUAUGAUGAACCAAGGUUCCAGUCUAGACUAAUGAAUUAUGAUGAACAGCAGGGUACAGUUAGAUUUGACAGUCCGUCAGGUGGGAUGCGCUUUGAGAACCCAGUGCAGCAAGAAUCCAUAAGAUUUGAUGCACAGCCAGUCAUGCCAAGAUAUGACCCACAAGCUCCACCGAGAUACUGUGGUCCAAAUAUCCAAAACCAGCUGAGACCACAAGAGCCAACAAUGUACGAUCCAUCUCAAGGUCCUGUGGUAAACCCUGGCAUGCCACCACACAAUUUCAAUAUGCCACCUAUGAACACUUUUGGGGGCCCAGUCCAACCUUUUCCCAUGCAGCAAAAUGUUCCACAAGCACCAAACUUCGGUGUGCCAGUUCCUACAUCAUCAGAAUUCCAGAAUUCAUAUAGACCUCCUCCAUACCCUGGUCCAGGUGUUGGAAAUGUUCCUCCUAUGUUGGGAACUCAGCCUUUCAUGCCACAAAACCAAUUGCCUUUCCAGCCAGGUUCCCAGUUUCAACAGCCUGAUCCUGACGCACUUAGUCAAAUAGAUGUAAAUGAUCUGCUAUCAAAGCUUAUAUCUACUGGAAUAAUAAAAGCUUCACAAACAGACUCAACAACUGAUUCCACAACAUCACUUCAGUCUCAAUCUGUGCCUGAAGAAGAGGAAGAGGAGGAACAAGAAGAUGACGAAAAUGUCCCAGAUUUGACUGGUUUUGUUUUGGAUGACAUGAAAACGAGAUACGACAGUAUCGUCACCAAGCUAUAUACUGGAAUCCAGUGCUAUUCCUGUGGCAUGCGUUUUACUGCAUCUCAGACGGAUGUGUAUGCGGAUCAUUUGGACUGGCACUACAGACAGAAUCGUUCUGAGAAGGACAUCAGUAAGAAAGUUACACAUCGGAGGUGGUACUACAGCCUGACGGAUUGGAUUGAAUUUGAGGAAAUUGCUGAUCUCGAGGAGAGGGCAAAGAGUCAGUUCUUUGAAAAAGUUCAUGAAGAGGUUGUUCAGAAAACUCAGGAAGCAGCCAAAGAGAGAGAGUUUCAAAGUGUGAAGGCUGCUGCAGAUGUUGUUCAUGAGUUAUGUGAGAUUUGCCAGGAGCAGUUUGAGAUGUACUGGGAGGAGGAAGAGGAGGAGUGGCACCUGAAGAAUGCUAUCAGAGUUGAUGAAAAGACAUACCAUCCAUCAUGUUAUGAAGACUACAAAAAUACAUCCUCCUUUGUGGACUGCACACCUUCACCCAAUAAAAUGCUUACAGAAAACCCUUUAACGGCUUUCAUCAAACAAGAGCAGGGUGAUGAGGCCUCAUGCUCCAAUAUUAAAGAAGAACCUUCUGAGGAUGAUGAGGAUGAUGCACCAAUGGUAAAAGAGGAGGUUCAGGUUAAGUUAGAAGGAGAAUCAGAAACCAGUGCAAUUAUUUUCUAACUAUGCUGCUAUUUAGCCACUGCUUUUUGUGGUUACUUUAGUUGGUCUUUUGUGUUUUUGUAAAGAAAGGAUAUUUUUAUAUUGCACAGCUGCUGGGGCAGGCACUUCAGCUAGUGAUACUUUAAAUACAUUUUUGUAUUUGUAUUUGCCUGCAAAAUUCAGGUGUUUUUGCCAUGUGAAUGCCCAAUGAAAUGUACUUCAAAAUAUGUACAUUGGGGGUAAAUGUGUAUGUAUAAUUUAAUUUAUAAAUAAAGAUAUUUUUGGUAUUCUUUGUGUAGUAUUGAUCAAAGUUUUGGGUGGAAAAAUCCUUGAAUCCUUUUUUUUGUUUGUUUUUGUUUUUUUGGUUCUUGGAAUGAGACAUUUAUACUGAUCUUUUGGGAAUGGUGGAUGAAUACUAAUUUAUGAAAGACAUUUUUGUUAUAAAAGGAGAGGGAAACCCUUUUCAGUAGUUGGCUGUUCCCCAAAUCCAGGAUUGGGGCUGAUUGUAAAUUAUUGAUAAUUGAUGGUUUAUAAUUUAUCAGAAGAAUACUCCAAUUGAUUUCCCUGACCUCAAUAUGUAAAUAGUUAUUUCAGCAUUUGCUACUGUAUUUGGUUCAGUGUAAUAUGUGUUCAGUUAAAAAAAAAACAAAAAAAAACAGGGUGUCUUUAAUUUUUUUGCAGAGGUUCAAAGGGCAAUUUUGCUUUUUGCGGAAUAUCUAAUAAAAAUAAAUCCGAAGAAAAAAUA